AUGGCUUCUUCAGUAAACCUUUGUCGUCCUACCUACCUCUAUUGCAACCCUAGAAAGAAAUUUCUUUCCAAUGGACAAAAUCCCGUUGCUCGAUUUCCAGUUCAGCGAUUUCCUUGUCAUCUUCAAGCUUCUUCAAGAAGAUCUUCCAACUAUCCUCAGGAUGGUGAAAGUGCCAUUGUCAAUCCUAGAAAUUGGACUAACAUCAGCAUAGGAGACUUCAAUUACGAUGAUAACGAUGAUGAAUCUGAUGAAGAUCGAAGCUUAGAUUUGCUUGUUCGAUUUGUUCAGAAUGUUUUUCGUAAAGUUUCAAAACGUGCAAGAAAAGCCGUUCGAUCGGUUCUUCCUAUGUCUCUCUCUACCAAAUUGGUGGGAUUUUCAGUUAAUGGAGUUAUUAUAUUGACAUUCCUGUGGGUUCUGAAGGCAUUUCUAGAGGUGAUUUGCACACUGGGAACUGUAAUAUUUGUUAGCAUCUUAUUUAUUCGUGGGGUUUGGUCAGGCAUAUCCUACAUACAAGAAAAUCGCAACUCUAAGACCAAUGUAUUCGGCAGUGAUAGCGGUAUAUGGAGUGGUGCUACACCGGCAUCUUAAGUUUUUUUUUAUCUGUUGCCACCCUUUCAUUUCUCAACAACUGUAAAGUAUUUCCUAGGGAUGAUCUGGAAACCCAGUCCUUAUAUCCUGUUUAGAGAGAUUUAAAGGCAAUGAUGUUGUUGCAAAUAUAUCAAACACACUGUAAAAGCACAUCGCAGCAAUGGUUGACUGAGAAGUUUGGCUUGCAGUUUUUUCUGCUCUUGAAUAUAAAAGACAAGGUACUCUGGGUAUCUGAAGUUUAUAUAACCAUCGGAAAGAUCAAUGCGUCUAGAUGUUACUUAAUGGUGACAUGUAGGACACAGUGGGUACAACACCUUAUACUCCUGUUAGAUUCAUGGAAAAAGGGCUUAAUCCUUACAAUGUACGAACUGCUGUGAUUCGAAUUAACGUUAAUCUGCUUUGGAUAGGUGUAUUUCACAUUUUUGUAAAAUUCUAUAGAAUUCAUAUAGCAGGAAUAAAUUUGCUCAAUACUUUCAGUUCUUA